CUCUUUCGGAGAUUCAGAGCCCUGGCCCCGCCCAAGGCGCUAAUUUAACUCAAAUUGAAGAACUACCGGGCGCUGCUCCUACUUCCAGCUCCUGGCUCGAGCCUGCUUGGUCUUAACCUCAGAGACCGCGGAGCCCCAACGCCGGAUCCCCGUCCCCGCUCGCCAUGAGUCCCGCGCGGCGGAGCGCCCCAGUUGUGCUGCGCCUACUGGGCGGGCUGGCCCCGCCGCUGCUGCUGCUGCUCCUGCGUCCUCCGGCUGCGUCGGGUGACUGCAGCCUUCCCCCAGAUGUACCUAAUGCCCAACCAGCUUUGGGAGCUCUUACAAGUUUUCCCGAACAAAGCACAGUAACAUACAAAUGCAACAAAGGCUUUGUAAAAGUUCCUGGCAAGGCAGACUCAGUGGUCUGUCUGAAUAAUAAAUGGUCAGAGCUUGCAGAAUUUUGUAAUCGUAGCUGUGAUGUUCCAACCAGGCUACUUUUUGCAUCUCUCAAAAAGUCUUAUACCAAACAGAAUUAUUUCCCAGAAGGUUCCACUGUAGAAUAUGAUUGCCGUUUGGGCUACAUGAGGGACCAUUCUCUCUCAGGAAAACUAACUUGCCUUCAGAAUUUUACGUGGUCCAAACCUGAUGAAUUUUGUAAAAAAAAAUCAUGUGCUAACCCUAGAGAAAUAAAAAAUGGUUAUGUCAGUAUAACACAUGACCUAUUAUUUGGAUCGCCCAUCCAUUUUUCAUGUAAUACAGGGUACAAAUUAGUUGGUGCAACUUCUAGUUACUGUUCUCUUGCGGGAAAUACUGUGGAGUGGAGUGAUCCGUUUCCAGAAUGCCAAGAAAUUUUAUGUCCAGAACCACCAGAAAUUGACCAUGGAAUGAUUGAAAAGAAACAAAACAGUUACGCAUAUAGACAAUCUGUAACAUAUAAGUGUAUUAAAGGCUUCGCCCUGCAUGGAGAGAGCUCUAUCAAUUGUACUGUAAGAGAUGACCAAGGAGAGUGGAGUGGCCCCCCACCUGAAUGCAAAGAAACCUUUCAAACUGACAAAGUCACACCAGCAGUUCAGAAACCCACCAGAGUACAUGUUCCAUCAUCUCCUCAGAAAUCCACCACAGUGAAUGCUCCAGCUACAAAGGUCCCACCAACUCCUCAGAAAUCCACCACUGUAAAUGUUUCAGGUACAGAAGCCCCACCAACUCCUCAGAAACCCACCACUGUAAAUGUUCCAGCUACAGAAGUCUCAUCAGCUCCUCAGAAACCUUCCACAGCAAAUGAUUCAGCCACAACAGCCCCAAAUUCCCCCAUAUCAAACACUGUCUCUACAGCAGCUCAGAAUCCCAUCAUGGCAAAUGCUUCUGCAUCACAGGCCACACCAACAACCCAAAGAUUCACCACGGCAAAAUCUUCACUUACACAGAAUCUUAGAGCAACACAAAAGUCCACUGCUGUAUAUACCCCAGUGAUCAAGAGUCUCCAUGCAACACAAAGAUUGACCUCUGCUCAUGUUACAGCAACAAGGAGUCCAGCUGUUCACAGGGCAACCACACGUUUUCAUGCAACAAGCACACCUAAAGGAGGAGGAAGCUCUACUUCAGUUGCUAGCAUCAUUGCAUCGGGAUGUGUUGCUGGUACUCUAAUAAUUGGUACCAUGAUUCUAGUCAAAAUUUUCUGGGGCAGUGGAAAAUCAGGCUCUUACUACACACAUGAGAACAACAAAGCAUUUAAUGUUUCAUGAUUUGUGACUGGUGAUGCUACGAAAGUAAGAGCUUCUAUUAAUUUACAACAGGUAUAUGGUUCAAUAAAAUCAACUUCUGUAUCUUGGAAAAUGCCCAUUAACACAAUUAGCUUGAUAUCUAUCUGUGACUAUUAAAGGACAAUAGAGGCUUAAACCUCUGUUAUUGUCAGAAUUGUUUUUCUUUGUUGAACGAGUGACUAACACAGUAAAUCUUUCAUUAAUAUGACGUGUCUUCAGUCUUUCACUCUUCAGCAGUAUACUCAUCAUCUCAUCCUGUGCUUUAUAUUCAGUUUAUUGAAAUGAUUAGAUGCUCACAAUGCUACAAAUAUCUGGAAAAAACAAAAGGUUGAUACAUUAGGGCUUACAAAUAGGAAUGCCUUCAUUGUGACUACUUGCAUCAUGAGAUGAUUGGCCCAUAUUGUGUUUGCUCCUCCGUCUUGCUUGGUGACUUUUAAAGUUUCCAGUGUUUAAGAAAUAUUAAAUCUAUUUUAACGUGUCUUUUCUAAGUCAAGUUUACAGAUCUUAUCUGUUUUAUGUUGUUAGGCAAAAUUAUCACGCAAAACUAACUUAAUAUGUAUGUACCUGUGAAACCUUCUAGGUGUCUUCUUUUGAUUAAACUUUCUUCUGUUCCAGGGAGUUUUCACUGACUUUUAAUCUGAAAGAAUCUUAGUUGAAUCCAGCUUGGCCACUUAAUCUCAAGAAACUAAAAACUCAAGUGUCAUGUUUUAGUUGGUAUUGCUAUAACUACCGAACUCUAAACUAUGCUGGCUGAGGUUGUCCAUACUAUAACUUACGAAUUUUGCAUUUGUUUUGCACCCCAAAUUAACCAACUAAUUCUUUUUCAUGGUUUAUCACAUAGUAACUAAAAAAAUAAUGUUUAUCACCAGUAAAUAAAAUUAUUUUGAUUUAAACUUUUUUUUUAACUUUCAGGACAUAUAUGUAUGACAUUGACAGUUUUGCUUAUGAUGCUAGUAACUAUUGCCUAACUGAGCCAAAGAAGAGUUGAGAAGAAAGUGCACAUGAGUACACAGAAUAUUUCUAAUUUUGUAGAACUUUCUGGUGGAGCGAACACAGUAUAUGUGGUAGUGUUCUUCGUUUUGCAUGUUAUCUUGUCUUUAAGAUGCAUAAGAAUGUCCACGAAGCAAGGAAAAACGAAUCUGUCCUGGAAUCACAUUCUCAGCACUCUUAAGACUCUUGAAAAUAGAAGAACUCACAAGAUUGAGAGUGAUUACUUUCAUAAAAGUGUGGGAAAGUGGAGAGAUUUGUUGAUACUUAGAAUGUGAGCAAGAAGAAAAGGAAAAAAAGUGAAUUUUUUUUCAACAAAUGUGUAAUGUUAUUUUUUACUUACAAAGGACACAACAAAUUAAAAACAUUAAUUGGAUAUUGAAACCAAAUAAACCACUCUCUUCUAAGAAAAAUUGCCAAAGACUGAUGAAAAAUGUUUCCUUUUAUUCCUAAAAUAAUCCUUCCUGACUAAAAGGCAUUUUCAUCUUUUCUUAUUCCAUUAAAAUGAGUCUGAAUCAGUUGGCAAAAUUUUUUAAAGGAAAAACAUGCCAAUGACCCAAGAGUGUUGAGUUUCUUGGGUUAUUUGGUGACAAAGGAGGAAUACAGAAUGAAGGAAUAAUUCUUCCUUUGUCAUACAAGUACAGAUAGUGAAUUAGCUCCUUAUUUGUCAGAUAGAUCAGCUAUAAUUUUGUUCUUAAGAUAAUGUAAAAUAAAAAAAACAGCCCUGUGAAAGGGUGCAAGGUGUCUUUAUUGACUUAAUGUCUUUAAAGGUCUCCAGAGAUUUAUAAUAUUAAUAUAAGAAAAGAUUCUGUAUUUCUAAAGUGAGAUGUUCAUAUUCAAAUUGUAAAUCUUAUUCUUUUGUAAUAUUAAGCUUAAUUUAUAUUUAUUUAUAUUUUACAUGUAUACCAAAAAAGUUCAAGAAGAUACGUAAAGAAAAAUUUGUUUUCCCUAAAAAGAAAUAAUUGAUCACACUUUUGUCUCAGGUGGUAUUUGACAUUUAUUUUCUUAAAUGUAAAUAAUUUACUUAUAAAUAAGAGAGUCCCUUCCUGCCUUUCAUAAGUAGUUUAGAAUGCCGCCCUUUGGUUAUCCUAGGGUGAAUCAUUUUCAGUUACUUUUAAGGUAUCACUUGUUAUUGAUUUACCUAACUGGCAAUCACAUCAAUUUCCAGAUUCUUAAUAUGUUCUUGUCAUCUUGUCAAUUACAUGUUAAGUGUUGGAAUAGACUAGAAUAUAUACAUAACUAAAUUUAACAAUAAUUAUUUUGUCAUAUUGCUUCAUCUUCUUUGUUGUUAAAGUAUUUUAAAAUAAAUUCCAUUAGCAUCAUGGCAUUUCACUAUAAAUACUUAAAUAUGUAUUUCUAACAAUAAAGACUUUUUUUUCCUACCUAACCACUAUCAUCACAACUAACAAGAUUAAUGGUAAUUUCCUAAUGGCUUCUAAUUCUAGGAAAUUCUUUUAACUUCCUUAAGAGUUCUGCAAAUAGGCUCACAUCCAUCUAUUAAUUCGUUCGUUUGUUAAAUAGGAGGACCUACUCUGCUUACUCUGUGACAAUCUGCUGCUUCCUGGGGUAGUAGCAAGGAUAACACUGAUUCAGUUACUCAUAAAAAUACAUGAUGGGCUUCCCUGGUGGCGCAGUGGUUGAGAGUCCGCCUGCCGAUGCAGGGGACACGGGUUCGUGCCCCGGUCCCGCAAGAUCCCACAUGCCACGGAGCAGCUGGGCCCGUGAGCCAUGGCCACUGAGUCUGUGCGUCCGGAGCCUGUGCUCCACAACACGAGAGGCCACAACAGUGAGAGGCCCGCGUACCGCAAAAAAAAAACCCCAAAAAACAACAAAAAAAACACAUGAGAGCCCACUAUGUGCAGGUUAUAGUGCUAGGUGGUGAAGUUACCAAAUGACUACCACACAGUAUCUACCCACACGUUGCUUAUAAGACUAAAACGAUAACACCUAUUGAGAGAAAGAAUGUAGAGUUAUAAGUGUUACACUUGUACGGAGUGCCUAAGUUGUCUUUGCUAAGUGGAUGAGUGGUGGGCUGAGAGCCAUUCAGGACAGGAUGAAAAUUAAGAAAGGACAAGUAAUGAGAUUCACAUGGCAGGAUUGGGGACUGAAAAUAGUGCAGCAACCUCAAAGUAGGAAAGGCUUGGAGAGAGGACUAUGGUAUGUCAUGUGUUUAGUGUAAAAGUAAAAUUAUAAAUUCCAAAUAGUUUAUUCUGCUGUGACUAAAUUAAAAGUUGGAAUCAAUGGUCACAAGUUUAUGGUAGCAAGAAUUUUAGAUAUUGGAAAACAUUGAACUUUGACAAUAAAAUACAUUGAGUUAGCCUUUAUAUCUUACUACUUAGAUAAAGGUAAAAGCUGAAAAAAUAUCUAACAACCAGUUACCUUGAAGAAAAUAAUAAUAGGAACAGGUAUGUUAGGGGUAGUGGGAUUUUCUUGUAGGACUUAUUAUUUGUAUCCUGUUAUCAUGAAGUUGAAUAGUUUUAUAUUUUCCCAAGGUAAGCUCUCCUAUAAUAUUAUACUUUAUUUUAAAAAAUAUAUUUAUUUGGCUGUUCUGGGUCUUAGUUGUAGCACGUGGGAUCUUCAUUGCCGUGCAUGGGAUCUUUAGUUGUCGCAUGCAGGAUCUUAGUUGCAGCAUUCGGGAUCUGGUUCCCUGACCAGGAAUUGAACCUAGGCCCCCUGCACUGGGAGCAUGGAGUCUUAAUCACCAGGGAAGUCCCCUAAAUAUUAUACUUUAAUUGCCAAGAUUGUAUUGCCUUUACUCUCGAGACUGAUAAUUAUUUGUUGUAAGAAAUUAUACUUGCUCACCACAGAAAUUUGCAUUUUAUAAUAGUUAACCCACAAUUACUAUCAAAUUUCUUGGAACACUUGAACAUUAGUAGUUUUUGUCUUAUCACACCCUGAGACUGUUUUUUGGUUAAUGCCCAAAGUGGAAAUGCCUCAUUUUCCACUCGCCCACCUUGAGUGUUCCCUCCACCCCCUUGCCUAAAUUAAAAACAGCAUCUUCCCUAAAGUUGAUUCUUCCUUUGCAGCCCAUUCCAGUGGUGGCUGGUUCAUUUUCAGGCUUCAGAUACUUCAGUGUUGAGAGGUGGUGGUGGUGUUUUCCUUGCUUCCCCUUGUCACUACUUCCAUCUCAAGUCUCCUAUAUAUUCUUUAAAAAGAGUAAUUGUUCUUUUACUCUGGUAGGGUAAUUAAUUUACUAAAAUGUUAAAAUUUUUUCCCUGUAGUUUUUCCUCUCCCAAUUCCAAGCAGCUAGCCAAAUUUUGGUCUUCCUUGCCAUGGGAACCUCAUGACAAAAUGGAAGCAGAAAACUUAAAGAAGCUUAAAGACAGCUCUCUUCCUUGUUUUUUGUUUUCUCUCUGAAAUCCUAGCUUUCAUCAUAGACUAAUCUGUGGGGAGGGAGGUAGAAGCAGAACCAGGAAGAGAGAAGAUUCCAAUAAACAACAAAGAAGACAGAUGUUGCUCACAAUCUCAAAGUCUCCAAGCCAAGCAUCCUGAGGGUUUCUGGGGUGGAGAGGUAAGGAUCCAGAGAUGAGUGAUGGGAAUGCAUCUUUUGAAGUUGCAUAUUUUGAAGUUAAGUUUAGCAGGAUUUGCUAAAGCAUUAGGUGUGCAGUUAAAAAGAAAGGAGUCAAGGAUGACACCAAGAUUUUUAGCCUGAGCAACAAGAAGGAAGAGGUUGCCACUUACAGAGCAGGGGAAGACUUUGUAAACGAAAGAUCAGGAGUUUGUUUUUUGUUUUUAGACAUGGUAAGUUUGAGAUACCUUUCAGACAUCAAAGUGGACAUGUUGUACAAAUAGUCAAAAAUACAAAUCUGGAGCUCAGAGAAGGUGUCCAGGCUUGAUAUACUUGGGAGUCGUCAAUAGGAGAACAUGUGUCAGGGAACCCAAGAAAGAAAGAUAAAGAUGAAUAUUCAACUUUCAGGUUUAUAAUAUGGAGGCUAUUGGAGGCCUUGUCCAAAAUUCUUUCAGUACAGUGGUUGUGGGUAAAUGCCUAGAUUGAACCUUACUGACACUACGUUAAUCAACUGAUCAAAAGUAACAUUACCAAUAAUGGGAAAAAUAACAUGAAGUUGAUACUGAUAGAACACCUUGAGAAGAGCUCAGUGUCAUUUGGGUGUGGUAUUCCUGCUAAAAAUAUAUACUCUAGAUCAAGUUAUAAGGAAGCAUCAGAAAAACAGUUUGAGGGACAUUCUACAAAAUAGCUAGCCUGUAUACUUCCAAAGUGUUAAGGUCAUGAAAACCAAGUCCAAAAAAAAAAGGAGAUGAUAAAGAUAAGUGCAAAAAUCUUUGAGAUAGAAAGAAGAAAAAUAAUAGGAAAAAACCAAUGAAAUCAAAAGUUAGGUCUUUAAAAAAAUCAAUAUAACUGAUAAAAUUCCAUUUUGACUGAUAAAGAGUAAAAGGAGACAAAAAUUACCAGUAUCAUAAUGUAAUAGAAUACAUCACUCACUACAGAGCCUGGUCUUUAAAGGAAAAAUAAUACCAAUAAAUUCAACUUUAUACCAAUAAAUUCAACAAAAAAUUGGAUGAAAUGAACAAAUUAGUUGAAAGACACAAAUUAUAAAGUCUGACCCAAUAAGAAUACAAAACUUGAAUAGUCCUAUAUUAAUUCAGGAAACUGGAUUUUCAUUUAAAAUCUUUCCCAAAAGAAAUCUUAUGCCCAGAUGGCUUCACUGGUAAAUUCUAACAUUUAAGGAAGAAAUUAUACCAAUCCUACACAAACUCUGUCAGAAAAUAAAGGAAGAGAGAAUACUCCCAAACUCAUUUUAUGAGGCCAAAGACAUCAGAAAAGAGAACUAUGCACAAUAUCCCUCAUGAAAAUAGACACAAAUAUCCUUAACAAAAUUUUAGCAAAACAAACCCGACAAUAUAUAAAAGAAUAUGGUGCAUCAUGAUCAAAUCGAGUUUAUACCAGGAGUAAAAGGUUGAUUUGGCAUCCAAAAAUCAACCAGUGUAAUUCGCCAUAUUAAUAAAAUAAAGAAAAAAACAUAUGAUCAUUUCAAUAGAUACAGAAGAGAGGUUUGAUAAAGUGCAACACCAAUUUAUGAUAAAAUCUCUCAGCAAGCUAAGAAGAAAAGGGAAAUUUCUUAAUCUAAUUAAGGGCAUCUUUAACAAACCUACAACUUUCAUUGUACUAAACAUUGAAAGACUCAAUGCUUUCUACCUAAGAAAAGGAACAAAGAGUGGAUAUCUACACUGCUACUUCUAUUCAAUAUUUUACUGGAGGUUUUAACCAGUGCCAUAAAGCAAGAAAAAGAAAUGAAAGUCAAUGAAUUGGAAAGGUAGAAGUAAAGUUGUCUUUAUUGGCCAAUGAUAUGAUUAUGUAUAUAGAAAAUACUAGAACUAAUAAAUGAAUUUAGUAAGGUCACAGGAUACAAUGUUAAUAUACAAACAAUUAUAAUUUUAUGUACAAGUAAUGAACAAUUAGAAAAAGAAAAUUUAAAAAUAACCCAUUUCCAUUAGCAACCAAAACAUGAAAUAUUUAGAAAUACAUUUUACAAAACAUAUGAAAGAACUCUACACUUUGCUGAGAGAAAUUAUAGGUCUGAAAAAAUGAUAUAUCAUUUUCAUGAAUUAGAAGACACAAUUAUAAGAUGUCAGUUUUUCACACAUCAAUCUAUAAUUCCAGCAGGGAUUUUAAGAAACUGAUCCUAAAUCUAUAUUAGAAAUAUACAUUUCCUCUCUUAACACUCUUUCAAAGUGUUAUUUUUAAAAACAGGUCAGAAAACUAAAAACUGUAUUUCUCAGAUUCCACUGAAGCUGGGAGUCUGGAGGCAAAUGACGUCUACCAUGUAAAAGCAGUAUUUGGAGGUCAGAAUGAAGGCAUAGGCCAAAUUCCUGCUGCUUCUACUUCUAGAAAGCUAAGAGCAGACAGAGGUAAAUGUUUGUGGUGGCCAUUUUCCACUUUCCUUUAUCUAGUCACAAACUUCAUGGGAAUAAAAAUCUGUUGUGAAAGAUAGUGGUAUAGCAGUAGCUUCCUGAGCUCCAGCUCAUGACUUCAAUGAUGUGGCUUUGAAGUCAAUAGUCCAAAAAUGGUUCUCUGACUUCUAGCCUUCCCAGCUUUCUUUUUUUUUUUUUUAAAGAAACAAGGGAAUUUCUGUUUUCUGCACUGAAAUGUGGCUAAUCCAAUGUUCCACAAGUCUGAACUAUUUUAUAUUAAUCUGUUUCUUCUUCUUUGCUAUGAAGUAUGGUCUUCCAAUCCACUGAUUCUCUCUUAAACUGUGUCAACUAUAGAGGUAAUACAAUUAAUUGAGAUUGCAAUUUGAAAUGAUUUCAUUAUUCAUUUCCAAGUUUUCUAGUUGUUUUAUAUCUAACAAUCUGUGCUUCAUACCUGCCCUAUUUUAGUUUAGUUAUUAAUGCAUGUUUAUACUUCAUUAAAUUCCCAAAAUACUUAUUUUGGUGUUUUUAUCAUAGUUUUUUAUUUUAAAAAAUUUCACCCACAGUGAAUUCCUGUCUAAAUGUUGAUUUCCAUUGGCUGUUUCCUAUAACAUUACAUUUUUUAACAUAUGUUACACUUGUGAUUUGAAAUUUUUUAAAAAAAGAUAGCCUCCCUUGAUCUAACAGCAAGAAGGAGUUUCUCUCUCUAAUUUUCUGAACACUCUUUUUAUGGAAAGUUAAAAUGCAUUUACUUUUACUAUUUUUUUACUUUUUAGUUGAAGUUCACAGCAUGUAUAACACCUUAAAAUACAAUUUAUAAAAGUUAUUAGAUAAAUUGAAACAAUAACAAAUUCUGCAUACUACUUUACAGCAUACCCAAUGUCCUUUUAGAUAAAUACUAAAUUUGAUAUGUUACUCUAUUUUUUUAAAUUAAGGUUUUUAUUUUGAGAUCAUUAUAGAUUGACAAGUUUUUUGAAGAAAUAACCCAGAGAGAUCCCCUGUUCCCUUUACCCAUUUUCCUCCAAUGGUCACAUAUUGCAGAACUAUUGUACAAUAUCACAACUAGGAUAUUAACAUACAAUCUAAUACAUCUUAUUCAGAUUCUUCAGUUUUACUUGUACUCAUUUGUUUGCAUAUUUAUUUAGUUCUGUGCAACUUUAUCAUAUGUGUAGGUUCACAUCUUUAACACCACAGUCUAGAUACAAGUUUCAUCACUACAAUGAUCCCUCCUGUUGCCCUUUUACAACCACACCCAUCUCCCUCCUGCUACCCCUCCCUGCCCCCUAAUCCCUGACCCAUGACAACCACUAAUUUACUUUCCAUUCUACAACUUUCUCAUUUCAAGAAUGUUAUAUAAUGGAGUCAUUCAGCAUGUAACAUUUUGAGAUUGGCUUUUUCAUCUGAGUACUUUCUAGAACUACAGUCUAUGUUUGAAGACUGCUUCUAGUACUUUGUCAAGUUACUUAAACAUUCCAUGCCUGAGUUUUCUCACCUGUACAAUGGGCACAACAAUUUCUACCUCAUAAAGUUGUCUGUAGCAUGGAGUAUUAUCUGUCCCAAGGCAAGUUGGUCCCACCAUUGUUGUUGUUCACUUGACUCAUUUGCUACGUUGGAUUGUGGGCAUUACGUUUGCUUGUAAUUCUAGAUUUUUCCUAGUGGGCAAGAACCUGAUUUCCUGUGGCCAUGAUAGUUUAUUGAUUCCAGGAGUUCUGUAUUGUGAAUAAAAGAGUCAAUGCUUUGA